GCCUGGGGCGGGGCCUGUUUCCCUUAGCAACCCUUUGUGGUGGAUAUGGUCUCCAGGGAUUGCUGAGGGGAAGCUGAGGCCGGUCGAAGCGUGUUGUGUGGCUCCCACCACCCUUAAAUCAUAAACAGAAAGCCUUAAUUUCCCACUUGCCGCCUCCUCCAGAUCACCCGCGAUGCGUAAACAGGACCAUCGUCUAGACCUGGCCGAGGCCACCGCGCUCCAACGGAGGCGCUUCCGGGAGCUACAGAGGCAAAGCCGGGUGUUUGACGCCAGAAUCAGGACCAUCGGUAUUGAAAAGGAAGCUUUGGACACACAAAUCAAAGAUAGAAAGAUUCAAGAAGCAACUCAGAGUGCAUGUGAUGAAUCAAUUGCUGCAGAACUGAAACAAAAUGACAAGAUCCUUUGCAUGCUGGACCAACGACAGAAAAGAGACACUCAAAUUCUAAACAAAGCUCUAAAUGAAUUUCGCCAAAAUUAUCAAAAGCCAGAAACACGCCGUGAAUUUGACUUGUCUGACCCACAAGCCCUAAAGAAAGAUACACCUGCUCGCCUCGCAGACAGUGAUCCUCGAUGUACUGUAUCUGGCUUGCAGAAGUUUAUGGGAGAAGAUUUAAACAAUGAAAAUAGGCAGAAAUUCCAGCAAGAGCAAAUGAGAGAAUGGCUUUUGCAACAACGAAAAGACUGGGAGAAUGCACUGGCGGACAAAAAAUGUGCAGAUGAUCUCCAUGACAAACACAGAAUGGAACUUGAUCAAAAGGCUAUGGACCUUCAAAGAAUAGAUGAAGAAACAAGACGAGCCAUUUGUGUCACUACUAAGGAAUUCAAUAAAGCUCUGGCUGCUGAAUCUCAGCAAAAAAGAAUUCUAGAAAAGCAACAACAAGAAGAAGAUAAUGUAGCUGAGAUCUCAAAUCUGCUUAAAGGAGACCUGCUCUCUGAAAACCCACAGCAAGCUCUCAGCUCCUUUGGUGAAGGUCGAGUGAUUACUGACCGAUGGAAAGGGAUGAGCCAAGACCAACUGAAAGAAAUACGUGAUGUUCAGAUGCAACAAGUUCUGGAAAAGCUGCGGCUGGAAGAAGAAGACCGUCAGAGAAAUGCCGAAUGGGACAGAAAGCGCAUUCAGGAAGCCAGGGCAGCAUUGCUUUAUGAACGUCAUCAGCAGCGUCAGAAUCGAGAGCUCCGGAGAGCAUUGGAUAAUAUGAAUGCACAGCUCUCCCAGGAACAGAAAGCAAGGCAAACAUAUCUUGACGAAGAAGUAUAUGCAAAUUUUCCUUCUGGCCAGUAUUACACACAAUUUAACACCACUAGUCGGUGAUGUUGAAGCCAACGUUCACUGUUGGAUACAGUGCUGUAUAAUAAAACACGGUUGGACAUAUAGAACGAUUUUUUGAAGAAUAUUUACAUGAACUUUCAACUAUGUAAUAAAGGAAACAUAACACAAAUAUUGUAUCAUAUGGAAUUUUUGAAUCUCAGGCUCUGGGCUUUCGUUUUUCCUCUAUAAUGAGCAAGAGCUUUAAGGAAACCUGAAUUUACAAAGAAGGAAUAAAGCAUACAACAAGA